AAGAUGGAGAAGGGAAAUGAAGAUUAGGGAGAGCAGGGGGAGAAGAAGAUGAGGGCAAAUAUGUCCUUUAGUUGUGUUUUAUUAUUAUAUUUUUAAGUAUUAUAAUAUCAAUUGAGGACAAAAUGGUAGCAAAUUUUGAAUUUAUUGAUGAAGCAGAGGCUGCCGCAGAGGAGGAAGCGCGAAGAGUUGCCAUUGAAGAUAAAUCUACAAUGAGCAGUUCUGAAAGAACAAGCUAUUGGGAAGAGUUGUUAAAAGAUAAAUAUGAAGUCCAUAAAAUAGAGGAGUUUAAUGCUUUGGGAAAAGGAAAGAGAAGUCGUAAGCAGACUCUGGUUUGUUAUCUUGCUUUAAAUGCUGCCUUAAAUGCUCCAGGUUCUUUUGCUCUAUUUUUCUUCCCAGGAGUGAUGGUAUCUGUUGAAGAAGAUGACCUUGCUGGUUUGGAAGAUGUAAGCUCUGAUGGGGAGGAUGAUAACUUUGAAGCUGAAUUGAAUGAUGUUGAUACUUCAUCUGGAAUGCAAUCUGGGAGAAGGCCUUAUAGAAAAAGAGCUCGUGUGGAUAGCGCAGAGCCAAUUCCUUUAAUGGAGGGCGAAGGAAAAUCAUUCAGAGUACUUGGUUUCAACCAGAGCCAGAGGGCUGUGUUUGUUCAGAUAUUGAUGAGGUUUGGAGUUGGGGAAUAUGACUGGAAGGAGUUUACACCGCGGUUAAAACAGAAAACUUUUGAAGAAAUAAGAGACUAUGGUACCCUUUUCUUGACUCACAUCUCGGAAGACCUAACUGACUCACCAACAUUUUCAGAUGGGGUACCAAAAGAAGGUCUUAGAAUUCAAGAUGUACUUGUUAGGCUCGCUACCCUGAUGUUAAUACGGGAUAAGGUGAAGCAUGCCUCAGAAAAGCCCAGCAAUCGGCUUUUUACAGAUGAUAUCAUCUUGCGAUACGCAGGGUUGAAGGGUGGAAAAUUUUGGAAAGAGGAGCAUGAUUUAGUAUUACUGCGUGCAGUUCUAAAACAUGGAUAUGGGAGAUGGCAAGCUAUUGUUGAUGAUAAAGACUUGAGGAUUCAGGAGCUCAUUUGUCAAGAGUUGAAUCUUCCCUUUAUAAAUCUACCUGUCCCAGGUCAAGCUGGACCUCAAGUACAAAAUGGUGCUAAUACAGCAAAUGCAGGAGCAACUGGCAACCAGAUUCAGGGAAAUGAUAUGGGGAAUGAUGCAGGAGCUGAUGUUGCCCCAGGGGCAGCAGGUUCUGGGAACCAAGCACUAUAUCAAGAUUCUUCUAUAUUAUAUCAUUAUAGAGAUAUGCAGAGAAGACAGGUUGAAUUUAUUAAAAAAAGGGUGCUUCUUUUGGAAAAAGGGCUCAAUGCAGAGUACCAGAAAGUAUAUUUUGGUGAUGUAAAGUCAAAUGUGCUAAUGAGUGAAGAGCCUGAGAGUGGACCAAAGGUUGUAGACACACCAGGUGCAAGUUCCUCAGAUGUAGAUCUCCAAGUGAUUGAUCAGUUACCUGAAGUAGAAGUAAUUGCUUCAGAGGAGAUGGCAGCAACUGCUUGUGAUGAUGAUGCGGAUCGAUCAAAGUUGGCUCAGCUUUACAAUGAGAUGUGUAAGUUAGUGGAUGAUAAUGUUCAUGAAUCAGCUCAGACAUGUCUCAAGUUGAAGAACUUCCAGCCAUUGGAACAGAUCAGUGGAGAUAUAACUCGGAUUCUCUCUUCCCCAAAGUCUAAUCCCCAUUCUUCAGAGCAGCCUAUAGUUCAUAUGGACACACCAGCGCAGGCUGACUCACAGAAUACCAUGCCAGGGACUACUUCAGUACCUCCCCAACAAAAUGACAGCAAACCUGAUAUUGUGGCCGAUACUGACAAGAAGGAUUCUGGAGCAGAAUCUGAAUCAGAGAAAGCUGCUGUGGUGGCAGAUGUUCUACUGGAGGACUCAGAAGAACAAGAACCGCUAAAGGAUUGUGUUAAAGCAGAGGAUUCAGAUUCAGACCCCAGUUCAACUAAAGAAGGCACUAAAUCAUCAAAUCUUUCUGCUUCUACAGAUUUGCCCUAGAUGGAGUCCCAAUGGAAUAAUGCCAGUAGCAAAACUGAUGCUGAUGCCGAGGAUGGGUGCACAGAGCAUUCUGAAACAGGGUUCGUCAUUUUAGACAAUGAAUGAACACAAAUAAUUUCUAGAGUAUCAAAACAUUGAAUAUUUUCCCUUUUAAGGGUUCAGUUUACGGUAAAAACAGGUACAAACUGGAGACUUUGAAAGCCAUCAUUAACUUUAUAAAGUUGCGUUCAUAUCAUAUUUGAAGGGGGUGAUUAUCUUUUUCUCAAUUUCCUAUAAUAAUGGAAAAUGAUUAGA